GGAAGUUUUGCUUUUGAAGAUGGCGACUGAAAUUAAAGACUCAGUAGGGAAUAUAGAGGACGACGAAGAGGUGUCCUCAGAAGAAGAGUCUUCUGUCUCUGCAGAGGAUUCGGCAGCACAAAAAAGAGAGGAACGAUUAAGGAAAUUUAGAGAACUCCACUUGAAAAGGAAUGAAGCUCGCAAAUUAAAUCACCAAGAAGUAGUGGAAGAAGACAAACGGCAGAAGCUACCGUCAAACUGGGAAGCUCGAAAAGCUCGUUUAGAGUGGGAGCUAAAGGAAGAGGAAAAGAAAAAGGAAUGUGCCGCAAAAGGAAUCGAUUACCACAGAGCAAAGUUACUUGAAAUAAGUGCUGAAGAUGCAGAAAGAUGGGAGAGGAAAAAGAAAAGAAAGAACCCUGAUCUAGGAUUCUCAGAUUAUGCAGCUGCACAACUGCGUCAGUACCAGAGACUGACUAGACAAAUUAAACCAGACAUGGAGGAAUAUGAGACGCAGAAAGAACAACAUGGUGAAAAUUUCUACCCAACAUCAAACAGUUUGUACCAUGGUACUCAUGUACCUUCCAAAGAGGGGGUUGACAGAAUGGUUGUAGAUCUUGAUAAACAGAUUGAAAAGCGUGAGAAAUAUAGCCGAAGACGAGCUUACAAUGAUGAUGCCGAUAUCGAUUACAUCAAUGAGAGGAAUGCAAAAUUCAACAAGAAGGCAGAGCGGUUUUAUGGAAAAUACACAGCCGAAAUCAAACAGAACCUGGAAAGAGGAACUGCUGUAUAAAUUGUUUUUAUUUGAUUUAAUAGCCAUGAAAAUAUAACCUGGUGAACAGUUAAUUAAA